AUGGCUGCAAUGACGGUGUGUGCCACGCGCUCAGCACGCCGUGGAUCUUUGGUCCUGGUUCUGGCUGCCCUGGCCGCAGCAUGGGGCUUCUGCUCCAAUGCCUUUGUGACGCCGUACAUCAGCCACCAAACGCCCACGCCCCUUCGCAGCCGCGUACGUAUGGCGACUGCCACAGGCUUCAAAGAGGAUGAAGACGAAGAUCAAGGCCAGGGAAAGAGUGGCAGCGACACGCCCGAGUUGUCUGCCGAGGCUUUGGGACGCGAGCCUGGCACCUGUGACCCCUUCGACCCCAAGAGCGCAGAGUACUGCUCCCCUCAGGAGGUAGAGACUACAUCGUUCUUGUCCAAGCGCACGCUCAAAUUGGGAGCCCUCUUCAUGCUUUGGUAUGCGCUCAACGUUGGCUACAACAUUGGCAACAAGUUGGUUCUUACGGCACUUCCGACCCCUUGGUCGUCCGCAACUUGGGAGCUUUUCUUUGGGCUGCCCUACGUUGGAUUCCUUUGGUUGACCGGUCUCCGCAAGAGGCCUGAGCUCAACUGGAGCGGCCUGAAACUCUUGAUCCCUCCCGCCUUCUUCCUUGCAUGCACGCACGUUUUUGGUGUGAUCUCCUUCGGGGCGGGAGCUAUUUCCUUCACGCACGUGUGCAAGGCGACCGAGCCUGUUUGGACAGCCUUGAUCUCCGCCAUCUUCUUUCGCGAGUUCCUGCCGGUGCCUGUCUAUCUCAGCCUAAUCCCGAUCAUCUUUGGUGUUUCGCUGGCAUCCGCGCACGAGCUCUCCUUCACUUGGAUCAGCUUCAUUGCGGCUACUGGCAGUGCAGUGACAUCUGCCAGCAAGGCCAUCCUGGGAAAGAAGGUCUUGGAUGGUAAGUCCUUGGGAAAGAACCUCACGCCUGGCAACAUGUUUGCUGUCCUUACAAUUUUGGGAUGCUUCAUGAUUCUUCCAGCGUCCAUGAUCAUCGAGGGCCCCAACAAGUUCACUGCAGCUUGGGCCCAUGCCCGAGCAGCAGGUUACACGGCUCAAAGGCUUUGGUUGAUGCUGUCCAUCUCCGGCUUCCUAUAUUACACGUACAAUGAAGUGGCAUUCCUUGCAUUGAAGGAGGUGGCCCCAGUUACCCAUGCUGUCACCAACACAGUCAAGCGAGUUGUCAUCAUCAUUGCCUCAGUGAUCGUGUUCAGAACGCCUAUCACGCCGCUGGGAGCCCUCGGGUCUAGCCUUGCCAUCAUCGGAGCCCUUAUGUACUCGCUCGCCAAGAACCAGAAAAAGUGA